CUGCCAUCAUCCAUGUCUACCAAUUGCAGAAGGCGGCUCAUCCGCGACUUCAAGCGGCUCUCAAGCGACCCGCCGGGCGGCAUUUCGGGCAGCCCUUGCCCAGAUAACAUCAUGCUCUGGAAUGCAGUCAUAUUUGGCCCAGGAUGGGACUUUCAAACUCCUCUGACCUUUGACGAGUCGUAUCCCAACAAGCCCCCGACUGUGAAAUUCUUGUCGCGCAUGUUCCAUCCAAAUGUGUACGCCAAUGGCGAGCUCUGUCUUGACAUUCUACAGAACCGCUGGUCCCCAACAUACGACGUUGCCGCCAUCCUCACCAGUAUUCAGAGUCUCCUGCACGACCCGAAUCCGAACAGUCCCGCCAAUGCUGAGGCGGCACAGCUUUAUCGGGAAAACAUGAAAGAGUACGUACGUCGGGUCCGCGCGACCGUGGAGGAAAGCUGGCUUGAGGAGGAAGAAAAAGCCGCUGUCGAGGAGCCCAGCGCCUGA